AGGCGCCGUCGCGCAUCGCCGCCGCCACCGAGGAGCUCUUCGAGGCGGCGGGCAGCGUCGCGGCGGCGGAGGGGAGCGCGGCCGAGGUAGCGCCGCGCCGCGCUUCUGAGGGAGCGGCCGCGCCGCCGCGGCCUCGUCCCGCCCUCAGGGCGCCCGGCCGGGCGGAAAGUCCCCAGACCGGCAGAUUGCGUCACUCCGAGGAAGCGGGGCUCGUCCCGAGGGGAAGCCGCCGCCCCCGCGGUGAUGUUCCCCCGCGUUUCCACCCUCCGUCUUGCCUAAUCGAAAUCUGUAGUAAAAUCCCGCCUUACGCAUCUGUGGAUGCGUGAGAGCGUCGUUUUGAGUCACGGCGGGGUCCGGCCUCUCCUGAUUGCGGCUUCUGGUACCGCUAGCAGAUACCAGAGGAAGAAAAACUCAGGCGUGUAGUCUGAUUUGCCUGAUAAACCCCAUACCUAACAUUUGAGAUGUUUGUUUUAUUUUUGUACGUUUGAGCAGUGAUCUAACUCACUCUUAAAAUGCUUUUAACUUCAAAUCGUUUCUUCCUCUAGGUAGUCCUCGUGCAGGAGUACUUAACAAAUAAAGUAGUAAACGUCUUUAAGAGAAGGUUCUGCUUUGACAGAAGCUGCGCCCAAAAGAAUUAUGAUGAGAAAUGCAUGAAUCUGGAAUGAAAACAAGAAUAACUGAUUUUGUCUGACCUGUUUAACCAAAAUUGGGCGUUGAAGGGAAAUUUUGUAGUGAUUAUCCAGUAAGGCAGAGAGUGGUUUUGAAAGUCCUGAAUUUGUGACAAAGAACAAAGAAGGCUGGCAAGUGUCAAAACGGAAAAUAUUUUCCCCGCUAUCUGUAAGGAAAAAAAAAAUUGCAUAGAACUAGUAUCUGUCAGUUCUUUGUGUUGGACUAAAUGAUUUUUAAAGAAAGGAAUCUGUAUAAAGUAUACAUACUGUAUUCUGAAAGCUGCCAGUGAACCAACUGUACCUUGGACAUUGCACAAUUUUUGCAUGUGUGUUUUCAUUCCAGAUGAAUAGGGUAAGAUAAGUCAUAUUUUGAUAAGUUCGGAAAAGGAUUUGAUAUCAGAUAAAUGGAAUUUGUUUAGGAACAUAUUUUAAUGAAACCAAACAAAGGACUUGGAAUAUUUCUGAAGUGCACCACUUCAUUUACAAAAUCUGUUGUGCACAAUUCCAAAUUAGAGCUGAUGGAUGGUGUGACAUGUAUGUGGGUAUUGUGUCUGCCUUAUGAUUAAUUAGUUCUUUGUAGUUUCAGGUUAUGUCUGCCUUUGACUUAGAAUCCUUUUCUUUCUAACCUUGCUUCAUCUUGUAAAUACUCUCAUGUUUAGACGUGAAAUAGUCUUUUCUAAGAUUAAAAAGUAUAUCUUAUGAAAUAUGCUUAUGAAAAGAAUACGUGAUUCCUGGCAACUGCUUGUACGUUUUCUGAAAUGACUGAACUGUUGAAAAGAAUGUUUCACACUUUCAAGAAAGCCCCUGUGGCCUAUUCAGCAAGCCUGUAUUUAGGUUACUAUCCCAGAUACGAAGACAGGCAGAUCAUGCAAUAGUUUGACAGUAAUCUCACACCUUUUGAGUCCACUGUAAAAGGAAGUUACACAAACAUGUACACAGGUCAUUAACGUGACAUACAUGAAAGAUGGUUCUUUUUCCGGUAGUACAUUUCAGUGUCAUCCAAACUGAAGUGAAAAUUAAAUCUAAUGGAGUUCUCCCUCUCAGGUUGAAGAGAGUGCAAUAAACCUGUGGAAUUGGGCUGUGACCAAACACACAGGUUCUGUCAUCAGUGAUGAGCAAAGAGCUAAACAUGUCUAUGAAAACUGGGAAAGGAUGGAUAGAUAUAGGAAAAGCUCAACUUGGGGAUGGAUUUCUAGAGAUUGCCGUGAGUAGUAUAGAAAAACUGUACGCAAAGUUGCUUAAAAGGCGUAAUGAUGAGGCAGAUAUUCAUGUGCACAAAGCUGAUGUGGAGAAGGACCUCUUCAAAGUACUCUCUUAUCAGGCUGAAUCAGCAGUUGCUCAAGGAGAGUUUCAAAAAGCAGUGAUGUGUGUGCAGCGCUGCAAAGAUAUGUUGAUGAGGUUGCCAAAAGAGACCUGUUACCUAUCAAUCCUCUGUUAUAACUUUGGAGUGGAAACCUAUGAAUGGAAGAGGUAUGAACAGAGCUCCUUUUGGCUCAGCCAGAGUUAUGAAAUUGGGAAGAUGGAUAUGAAAUACUCUACUGGGAAAGAAAUGCAGGCUAAAGUGCUACGAUUAUUAGCUACGGCCUAUUUGGAGUGGGAUUGCAAUCUGUAUCUUGACAAGGCACUGAAAGCUAUAAACUUGGCAAAUGAGAAGAGUUUGCAUCCGGCAGGGUUUUUUUUGAAAGUUAAAAUUCUUCUUAAAAGUGGAGCAUCAGAUGAAGACAUCAAUGCAGCUGUUGCAGAGUUCCUGCACCAUGACGUGUCUUUAGACUUCUGCUUGAAUACUGCCAAACUGUUGCUGGAACAUGGAAGGGAAUUGGUUGGUUUUGAUUUUCUAAAAUCUGUUGCUGAACGGUUUGAAUCUUCACCUGAACUUGGAAAAAUCACCCUGCUCCACAUUGAGUUCCUGUUGCAGAAUAAGAGGGAGCAGCUUGCCAGGCAAAAGAUUGAAGAAAUUAUUAUAGGUCAUUAUACUGGGAAACAGCUGUUGCCUGAAACCUUGAACCAACUGCACAUCAUUUUGUGGGACAGAGCUGCCAAAAAAUAUGAGGCAAAAAACUAUUCCGAAGCUCUUCAGUGGUACAACUACUCUGUCAGCUUCUACACACCUGGGCAGAUAGAUCAGAACUUGGCUAAACUGCAGAGGAACAUGGCUUCUUGCUAUCUUCAUCUGAAACAGCUUGACAAGGCUAAAGAGGCAGUGAAAGAAGCAGAGAGAUGUGAUCCGAACAGCAUUUUUACUCAGUUCAGUAUCUAUAAGAUUGCAGUGCUGGAGAAUAAUACUGAAAAAGCUGUGGAAGCAGUUAUUGCAAUGGGGAAGCUAGCAGAAAAGCAAUCUCAACAUGGAGACAAGCUCUUAGUUGAUGGAAAUACAGGCACUGACCUCCUGAGUUUAGCUGCCCAAAUUGCUUUGGAGAAUGAACAACAAGUUGUGGCUAUCAAAGCUCUGGAGUAUUUAUCUGAACGUUCGCAAGAUUGCCAGCAAGUAUUUGCAGCUUUAAAGUGUUUGGUUCGUCUUAUGUUGUCAGAAGUCAUGGCAGAAAAUGAAGAGAGAAGUGAAGAGAGAAGAGGUAAAGAUAUCGACUCAAUGUUGACUUACCUGACCUUGGCUCACAAGAGACUGGCUGAGCCUUUCCCAGAAGAGAGUUUGACAGGGGACAGAAGGAUCCUUGAAGCUCACUGGUUUAGAAAAGUUGCUUGGAAUUUGGCUGUACAGUUCCAGAAUUGCCCUGAGAAGAUGAGAGAUUUCUUUGUACUGUCUUUCAAGUUGUCCCAGUUUUGUCCUUCUGACAAAGCUGUUUUGAUUGCUCAGAAGACAUGCCUGUUAAUGGCAGCUGCAAUUGAUCUGGAAAUGGGGAGACAACAAGUAACACCUUCUGAGCAGAUGGAACUUUUGACUGAGGCCCUUCAACAUCUCCAGGCAUGCAAGGAGAUCUGGAAAGUUCUGAAAUUAACAGGAGAUUUUGCUAAAGAUCCAACAGACACAUUGUUGCUUCUUUAUGAAUUUGAAGCAAGAGCCAAACUGAAUGAUCCAACACUCAGCAACCUUAUGGAGUCUGUAUGGGAACAGCCACAGAUAGAGAUCAAGACGCUGGAAAUUAUUGCAUCAUUAGCAAUGGAAUCUCCAGCUCGGUAUCCCUUACUUUGUAAGAAGGCUCUCAAGAGUGCCCUGAACCUUCACAGAAAGCAGACUGCUAUUGAUGCUGUGAGAUUUAGCAAAUGCUUACAUAGUUUGAUUAAUCUUUCUCUGCCAUCCGGAGUAACAGACCUGGAUGCCUGUGUACUGCAAGAGGUGUGGGGCUACUUUGAAGAUGCUCUGAGCAUAGUCAGCAGCACAGAUGCUUAUCCAGAGAUGGAGAUCCUUUGGUUGAUGACAAGAGCCUGGAAUACAGGAAUAUUUCAGUAUAGCAUCAGUAAAUAUGAGGAAGCUGAGCAGUGGUGUGGACUAGGAAUGCGUUUCCUCAAUCACUUAGGAUCUCUGAAGAAAAGCUAUGAAGGCCAUAUGAUUGGUCUUUAUAGUGAGGUGCUGGAUAAGUUGGACAGAGCAAAAGGGCUUCUUCCACUUGGAGAAUAGUGACAGCCACAACUGCCAAAGAGAACUCUUGGAAAUAUUCUGCUGAGUAAAAGAGCCUGUUAGCUCUGCAGGGACAAAAGGCUGCAGCAGCAUUGGAAAAGAAACCAGGAUCUCCCUCUUUGCUGGCAUUAACAAGUUUUGUACUUUUCAGGAAGUAUUUAUUGAAGAAAUGUAAUUGUUUUCCUCUAGGGAAUCAUUUUCAUUCUAUAACAGUUGAAAAUAAAUGCAUAGCUUUCUCAUGA